AUGUCCCAAAACUCCCCCGAAAUCCCAAAUAUCGGAACCCGCGCCCACAUGGUAAACGGCGCAAUAGCCGAUUUCCUCGCGAACCACCCGGCCCUCGAGCUUGGCGGUGAGAAAGGCUUUUGCGUCGAACGACGGCAGCACAUGGAGGUAUUCGCGCUGCAUAAGAUCCCGCAGAGCAAAGUUAAUCCCAUUGGUGAGGUCGAGUUCACAGCGAUCCGCGGCCCGCACGGGACAAUCCCGUUUCGUGUGCUGUACCCUCGGUCGGGGGAGGGACGCAGGCAAAAGGGCGAUGCCGGGGCGCUGGUUUAUUUCCAUGGGGGUGGGUAUUCGGUGGGGACGGUCGAUGAAUUUGAAAACGGGUUGAGGUUGGUUGCUGAGGAGUCGGGGUGUCAGGUAUACGCCGUCGAUUACCGGUUAGCCCCUGAAUUCCGGUACCCGACGCAAUUGGAUGAGUACUCAUCCGUCAUCGACUGGCUGCAAACAGAGGGCUUUCGAUCCAGAGGUGUAAAUCCAGACCGAAUUGCCGGGGGAGGCGACGGCGCGGGUGGAAACAUGACUGCUGCCGUGUGUUUGCGAAGGCUGGACGAGGGAAAGAAGCCUCUCGCAGCUCAAAUCCUUCUGUAUCCCGAAACAAGACUGCCGUUUGAGACGCCAGCGGCUAAGGAAAACAACUCCGGCUACUAUCUGCAGUGCAACGGGAUAUUUUCUUUUGGUUCGCACUACCUGCCACGACCAAAUGCUGCCAUCUUCACUAACGGUUUCGAUCCUCUGCGAGAUGUCGGGAUUGAAUAUGCGAAAAAGCUUCGAGACGCUGGUGUUAAGGUCAGCUGGCACCAUUACGACGACCUCAUCAGCGGCUGGCUCCAAAUGACAGCCUGGUCGUAUGCUGCAAGAGACGCUACUAAGAAGGUAGGAAAGGAAGUCAGGAGGUUGUUGUACGGAGAGGACUAG